ACCAAAACAUAACACACACAAAAAAACACUUUGUUACAUUUUUUUGUUUCAUAAUACUUGACUACAUAUAUUGGAUUAUUAUUAUUAUUAUUAGUAUUAUCCGGCAUAUAUUCCGAUCAUUUGGGUUGCCGGAGAUGACGUCAGGGGCGAGAUUGCCGACGUGGAAAGAAAGAGAGAAUAACAAAAGGAGAGAAAGAAGAAGAAGAGCUAUUGCGGCAAAGAUAUUUUCGGGACUUAGAGUUUAUGGUAAUUAUAAGUUGCCAAAACAUUGUGAUAAUAAUGAAGUUUUGAAAGCCCUUUGUAAUGAAGCUGGUUGGAUUGUUGAAGAUGAUGGUACUACUUAUCGUAAGGGUUGUAAACCUGCAGUAGAACGUGCGGAAACCAUGGGUGGAUCGGCGUCAGCUAGUCCAUGUUCAUCGUACCAACCAAGUCCAAACGCAUCUUCCUAUAAUUUUAGCCCGACAUCAUCAUCUAUUCCUAGCCCGGUUUCAACCCUUUACGCAUCUAAUAACCCUGACCCGAAUUCUCUUAUCCCAUGGCUAAAGAACCUCUCAUCUAAUCCUUCCUCUAAGUUCCCUCACCAUGUUUACAUACCCACCGGUUCCAUUAGCGCCCCAGUCACCCCUCCCUUAAGUUCACCCACUUGUCAAACUCCAAGAAUGACCGACUUUGAUGAUCAAACCAAAUCCCCUGUUUGGGCCGGGCCGGGCCAACAUUUUCCUUUCCUAGCAUCUUCAACUCCACAUAGUCCAGGGAUCCAAACACCGACCGAUUCAGGUUGGCUGUCAGGUGUCCAAACACCUCAAGAAGGUCCAUCAUCUCCCACAUUUAGUCUUGUAGCCUCAAAUCAUCCAUUUGGGUUCAAGGACCCAUUAUCGGGUCGAAUGUGGACCCCAGGGCCAAGCGGGACGUGUUCUCCUGCGAUCACAGGUAGUAUUGAGCAAACAGCCGAUAUUCCAAUGUCGGAUGUGAUUUCAUCUGAGUUUGCUUUUGGUAGUAACAUGAAAGGCAUAGUGAAACCAUGGGAAGGAGAAAGAAUCCAUGAGGAAUGUGUUUCGGAUGAUCUUGAACUUACUCUAGGGAAUCCGAGUACUAGAUAAUGGUUGAAUAUAAUGAAUGUGAAGAUAUUGUUGUGAAACAAGAUUAGAUUUAGAUAUAAUACAGAAGUUUGUACGUGUUGAUUUCUUGUCUUUCAUAUUCUUAUUUGAUAUUCAUGAUGAAAGGAGAGAAAUAUAAUGGUAAAUUUUAUAAGUAGUUCCUGCCAGCAGGAGUUUUUCCA